UCCAGUUCACCCUGCUGUAGUGUAGUAAAGAUCCGGGGUCCGUCUGUCAACACACGGCGAGGCUAUACCUCCCUGCGCUCCCGCUGGCUCUCUGCUGCUGUCCAAACACUCUUCUAUUUAACUCGGAUAGCUUCACGCUUCAGCGACGGUUUCCCCCAGAUAACAGAGACUCUCCUCUCAGUAUGACACGAAGGUGAUCUUCAGAGUUUCCAGGUGGUUCUGGGGUUCCAGGUUGGUGUUGUGAGAGAGCAGGCUACCUGUGGGGGGUGGACCGCCUGGGACAUUGUGUCCCUUGUUCUCAAGUGACUAAGGAAGGGGCUUGGCAAUCUGUUCAGCAACAUGGAGAAGGGGGAGCUGAAGAUACUCAACAAGGGUGAAGAAGAGGAGAUGGAACUACAAGGCUACCAGUUCUGCCGUUGGCGGCUGGCCCUUGUAGGCUUCGGGGUACUUUGUACUGGGGGCUUCCUUCUCCUGCUGCUCUAUUGGAUGCCAGAAUGGUGCGUCAAGUCCACCUGCACCCGUACCACAGCCCGUGACGCCGAAGUGGUGUUGCUGCGCUCCACGGAUGAGUUCCGGCGCUGGUUCCUGGCCAGGGUACGAGUGAUGCUUGCUCCGGGGAGCAACCCCUUCCACAGCCUGGAGACCCAGACCACCUCCCCUCCCUCCUCCCCCUCCUCCACACCUCUGGCCAACGGACACACUCCUCACCCCUCCGAUGGCAGCCCUGCUCAGGAGCUCAUCAGAAGAUUUUCUUAUUACCAGCCCACACAGAUCCGCUACUUUACCUUCCAUAGCACAAAGUAUUACUGGAACGAUGAGAUGCAGAACUUUAGAGUUUUAACCGGCCUGGAGGAUCUUGAAGCCAGUUGCUCCACCAUCCACUCGGAGCACAGUGCAGGCCUGACCAGGAACCAGCAGGAGUACAGGAAACUGUUUUUUGGAGUGAAUGAAAUCGCUGUGAAAGUGCCUUCAGUUUUCAAGCUGCUUAUCAAAGAGGUCCUCAACCCUUUUUACAUUUUCCAGCUCUUCAGCGUAAUCCUGUGGAGUGCUGAUGAGUAUUACUACUAUGCUGUGGCCAUUGUUUUCAUGUCGGUUAUAUCCAUAGCUACCUCUCUGUACACCAUCAAAAAGCAAUACGUCAUGCUUCAUGAUAUGGUGGCAGCUCACAGUAUUGUCCGUGUGUCUGUUUGCCGAGCAAAUAAUGGUUUCAGCACAGCCAAAGGCCAGCUGGUGCGCUCCAUCCUCUAUCCCAAACCCACCGACUUCAAGCUGUAUCGCGACGCCUACCUCUUUCUGCUGUGUCUGGUGGCCGUAGCUGGGAUCGGCUUCAUUUACUCAAUCGUCCUCAGUGUCAUGAACAAGGUGCCAGCAAAAACCAUCAUCAUCGAGUCUCUGGAUAUCAUAACCAUCACGGUGCCACCAGCGCUGCCAGCAGCCAUGACAGCUGGGAUUGUGUACGCCCAGCGUCGUCUCAAAAAAAUUGGCAUUUUCUGUAUCAGCCCGCAGCGGAUCAACAUCUGUGGGCAGAUUAACCUGGUCUGCUUCGAUAAAACGGGCACUUUAACAGAGGAUGGAUUGGACCUCUGGGGAUUCCAGAGAGCAGAAAGUGGCCGUUUUCACCAGUCAGAGGAAAGUGCCAGCAAGGAGAAUCUUGUCAAGUCGCAGUUUGUUGCCUGCAUGGCCACCUGCCACUCGCUCACCAAAAUAGAUGGCCAGCUGUCUGGAGAUCCACUGGACCUCAAAAUGUUUGAGGCUACAGGCUGGAUCCUGGAGGAAGCCACAGAGGAGGAAACUGCUCUCCAUAACCGCAUCAUGCCCACUGUGGUCCGACCACCCAAGCAGCUGCUGCCCUCGCAGCCUGAUGAAUCAGCUGAACAGGACAUGGAACUUGCUGAGCUUUCGUCAUUAUAUGAGAUAGGUAUUGUGCGGCAGUUUCCUUUUUCCUCGGCGCUGCAGAGGAUGAGCGUUGUGUCUCGUACUGUGGGGGAGAAGUGUAUGGACGCCUACAUGAAGGGAGCACCAGAGGUGGUGGCCAGUCUGUGCAAGAGGGAAACUGUGCCAGAAAACUUUGCCCAGGUUUUGGAGGGUUACACUAAGCAGGGUUUCAGAGUCAUUGCUCUGGCUCACAGACGGCUUGGAUCGAAGCUCAGCUGGCACAAAGUCCAAAACGUCAACAGGGAUUACAUAGAGGCAAACAUGGAGUUUCUGGGUCUCAUCAUCAUGCAGAACAAGCUAAAGGCUGAAACACCAGGGGUGCUGCAGGACCUCAGCCAAGCAAACAUUCGCACCAUCAUGGUUACUGGUGACAACAUGUUGACGGCAAUCUCCGUGGCCCGUGACUGUGGAAUGAUCCCUCCUGAAGACACGGUCAUCAUUGCUGAUGCCUUUCCUCCUCAUGAUGGACAAGCUGCCAAAAUCACGUGGAGAUACGCCGACAAGCCCAGCAGAACAACUAGACUGGAGGAAAUCAGCAUCAGCCUGGAGCACGAAGGCCAUGUGGAGGAACCUAAAACACAAGAACUCUACCACUUUGCCAUGAAUGGAAAAUCCUUCGCUAUCAUUGCCGAGCAUUUCCCAGACAUGCUUCAGAAGCUUGUGCUGCACGGGACGGUGUUUGCCAGAAUGGCUCCAGACCAGAAAACCCAGCUCAUUGAGACACUACAGGGAGUAGAUUACUUUGUGGGAAUGUGUGGAGAUGGUGCAAAUGACUGUGGGGCGCUGAAGAGGGCCCAUGGUGGGAUCUCUCUGUCAGAGCUUGAGGCCUCUGUAGCUUCCCCCUUCACCUCCAGGACCCCCAACAUCUCCUGUGUCCCGAGUCUCAUCAGGGAGGGACGCGCUGCUCUCAUCACCUCUUUCUGUGUGUUCAAGUUUAUGGCUCUCUACAGCAUCAUCCAGUACAUCAGCGUCACUCUCCUCUAUUCGGUCCUCAGUAACCUUGGAGAUUUCCAGUUUCUCUUCAUUGACAUUGCCAUCAUCCUCCUCAUCGUCUUUACCAUGAGUCUGAACCCAGCCUGGAAAGAAUUGGUGUCACGUCGCCCCCCAUCAGGACUUAUCUCAGGGCCUCUGCUGUUCUCUGUGCUGACUCAGAUCCUCAUUUGCUUGGGCUUCCAGAUAAUUACUUUUCUUUGGGUCCAAAAGCAGCCCUGGUACGAGGUGUGGCAACCUGCUACAGACGUCUGCAACCGAUCGGACCACUUGAAUGCGUCUGAGCACAACAGCACAGAAAAAGACGAACACAACAUCCAAAACUUUGAGAACACCAGUCUCUUCUAUGUCUCCUGCUUCCAGUAUCUCAUUGUUGCCAUUGUUUUCUCCAAAGGCAAACCUUUCAGGCAACCUAGCUACAAGAACUGGCCUUUUGUACUGUCUGCUGUGAGUCUGUAUUUUUUCCUGCUGUUCAUCAUGUUUUAUCCUGUGGAAAGCAUCGAUGGCUUCCUAGAGAUCGUCUGUGUCCCUUUUGAAUGGCGGCUUAAGCUUUUCCUUAUAAUCUUAGCCAAUGCUGCUGUGUCUGUUUUGGUGGAGACCUUCAUCCUUGACAUCGUCUUAUGGAAGCUUGCGUUCAGCAGAGACAAACAGGCCAACUAUGGCGUCACCCCUGCCGCCCCGACACCACAGGGGAUGAUUGACCUGCAGGCGUACAGGUGUCUAUCCUGGCUGUGCCCACGCAAGACCACACCUAAAGCUCGAUACAUGCAUCUCGCCCAGGAACUAAGCGUGGACCCGGACUGGCCCCCAAAACCAACCACCACUACUGAAGCCAAGCCCCGCCCUGAAAAUGGCUCUGCCUAUCAAAUCAUAAUCAGCUCCUAGCAUCUUCACGCCCCCACAACUCUGUGGGAACCUCGUCUCUCACACAGGACACCUGCAUAUGAGGAGCACUAAGGGAAACGCACAUUCACCUUAUCUUGAUUGCCUUUACUCUUCAUGGAACAAAAACUAUAUCAUUUAACACAAAUAGAAAAAGAAGUACAUUCAUAGCUUUCAAACUACUGCAUUUCACGUCACAAUCCACGCAGACACACUCGGUAUCAUUUUUUGGGGGAAAAACAUCACUGCUGUUAAACUCAAAGGCCUUUCUUUAUGUUGUCUGUCCAGCCUAUCAGAGUAGCAUUCAACAGAGGCCUGUAAUCAGCCUAAAAGUUGUGUAUUGACCCCUUCUGGUGGAGGUCUAGCUUCCUCACUUUUUAUCUGGGAUGGAAACCAUAUAGAGGUCACUUUACAGAUGUGUGUUCAGUCAUAAAUCUAGAUCAUGUCAUUAGAUUGUUGUCGGAUUUUAUUACAUUUCCUCAAAAAUCAAUACACAAUUAAGGAAUACUGCAGAAAAAACAAACAACAAUCACUCUAUGUAGUCGUGCAUCAAAGGUUUGAGGAAAUUUCACCCAGUGAGAAAGACUUUAAGAUUUACCCAUUCAAAAAUGUUUUGGAUGCAACAAAACGGAGGCAUUUCAAAGGAGAGAAGAAAGUGAAUGCACUUUAAGUUUAAUGGAUAAAAAUACUGAUAGAUUUAAUUUGAAAUGCCCAUUCUCUUCUUAGAGGAUGUAUCAAUACAGGCUCUGAUUACUACUGUGUAGCAACCAUAAACUAUUAUAACUAUAUCAGCUUAACUAAAAAAUAAAGAAAAAUUGUUUGUCUGAAUAUUUUAACAGUGCUUCUUGGAAGUUUGUCUAAUACUGUUGGGAAAACUCAUUUAUAUCUCCCUAAAUAGUGCCACACCUAAAAAGAUGAUUCAUUUGUGUGCUGCACAGCAGAGUUAAGUGUCUGUUAAACACAUAAGGAAAGUGUUAAAAUAACAUCCUCAAAAUCCAAUCAGCUUCUAUUGGGAUUUUUCUGGCCCCUCAGUAGUGGGUUAAUUGAUGAAUUUAAAAAUCUGUAUUUUCUUAAAACUUUUAAUUUCAUAAAUUCAUCGAUGCCACCAAAUGAGAAGUUUGGUAUUGGAGGAAAGGAUUUUUGGAAGUUAUUUAUGGGCUCAAGCAACUCAUGCUGCGUUCACACCAAAGGUGUUCUGAGCGUCAAAGCGGCUGGUUUACAUGCAAAGUCUAUGGGGACAGCAUCGAGGAGGUCCAGCGGCGCAUUUGAGCAAAUUUCGACCAUUCUGGCGUCUGAGCAUUCUUGCGUCUGAGCGUUCGUUCAGGGGCAACAGUUCUAUUUACUGAACUCCAGAGUCGAAGCGUCAACCAAUCAGAAAAGCCAGUCCAGGAGUUUUUUAGGGGAGAUAGACAUUACCAGCAAACUGUUAUUGCUUAUGCAGACAUUCUGUAUAUGAAAAAUAAAUAAAUAGCAAGGGUCUUAAUCUGCAAAGGUGUUGGAUUAUUAUGUUGAAGAAACAGAUGGAACUCUGAUCAUUAUUGCUGCACUAAAACAUUUUUCAUGAACUAUGGUGAAAAAGUGUAUAAAUACUGAAAUUAACUAGAAAUUUAAAACCUGCUUACAAAAAAUAUUCGAUUGUAUAUUUUGGUACUUGGCAGUUUUUACCAUAAACUAUUUAUAUUCACUUGCAGCAGCUAUGAACUCCCAGGGCUGCCCCCUGGUGGUAUGCUGGAGGUCUGGCACUCGGAAUAUGAACUGCAUAUUUUAGUGGGAUCAUAAUCCUGAUGAACUGACUGCACAGAUGAUGUUUGGAGGUGGACUUUCUCAUUUUAAAAACAUGUUAAAACAAUUUUUCCAACUUAUCAAGUAAAUAAAGCCAAGCUGCUCUCUAACUUGAAGCUACAGAACAGAACAGAUGAACAACCAGAGCGUCAAAGCAACUUUUCCACAAUUUCAUCUAGCAUCUGAUCCAGUGUCCAGAUUUCUGCUUCUGUUUUUGACGCCCACACCUUCGAUGUGAACACAGCAUUACUCUGUUGAUAAAGCCUUAAAAUGUGUUUUCCUAUGAAUGUGGCGCUACUUACGGGCAAAUGAGACUUUUCCACUGCAGAGGAUGUGUUGUUGGGAAGUUGUGUUGCAACAGACAUCAACUUUUUACCAGCUUUUUUCACGGCUACAACUUCCACUACAGAGGGUGUUGUUAGAUUGCCCCCUGUUGGCUUUAAAGUGUGGUGCUUUCAGAAGAUCCUAUUAACGAGGUUUAGACCAGAUGACCAGUGAAACUGUUCUUUAAAUUGGUUAGUUAUGGUCACCUGCCAACAUCUGGGAUUAAUAUAUUCAUAAUUACAUGCUAAUUAACGCAUUAGAUACUGGAUAUUAAGAGGCUGCUGUAGACCAAUGUUUGGUGUUUUAUGUUCUUGAAUCUGCUCAGCUCAGAUCCACAUGUGGGGAUAAAUUCAAAACUAGAUAUUUCUCUCUUUAUAAAGGCACAGUGUAUAGAUUUGAAAAGGUAAAGGGUUUUAAAACUGCAUGACUCUUUGUGGGAAGCAUUUUAGCCAAUGAAGCUAAUUUAUAGACUCUAUACUUGUUUUUAUCCGCCUUGUGUGUUUGCAGCAAAAUGUCAUUUUAACCCCCAGAAGAGCAUGGAAUAGAUUUUUUAAAUUGGUUUAAGCAAUGGGCAUUUUUCUCUAAUCUAAGCAUCUUUUAACAGUUACAGAAGUGGAAGAGGAUUGACUCUGUGGCAUUUUACUUCUAUUCCUCUACAACAGUACUGUAUGGCACAGUUUGAUUCCGGCUCAGUCUUGUGGCAUGAUAUUCACUCUGGCAAUGUUUUAUCGAAGUUUUUUUUUUUUUUUUUUUUUUUUCUUUGAGUAAUUAAAACCUCGAAACAAAAAAAGAUGAUUAUUCACCUGAUCUCUGACCCUAUGUCUUUGUUGUUUUGCAACAGGGAAAAAAAAAUUAAAUGGCAACUUGUAGUUUCCUUAUAGCCAGCAUUUUGCUUUUGGUUUUUGCUGAAUGUUUACUAAUUAUAAAAGAGCUGGCAUUAACCUGUAUGUCCCUUCUAACAGAUUUAAUGCUAUAAAAAGGUCUGAUCAUAAAACUAAACCCAAUGGAAGCAUGGUUGGUUCAACGCUCCAUCAGGAAAAUCUCCGCUAGUAUAUUAAGAGCUCACCUGAAGGUUAAACAUUUAACUUCAAGCAUGUGGCAUUACUGUAGGAAAUAGGAAACCUUCAGCAUUUUUACAUUAUAUAUUGGAGAAAUGGUUGAUCGAACCGUUCCAGAAGCAGCAUGUGUCUGGUUGGUUACUGUAAACUGAUAACCAUGUGCAUGAGGCUGGAGGCUCCCUGCGUCUUCAGACACUUUCCUGAAAUCAAAUGUUAGGCUUUUUGGGGCAAAUUUCUUCCUGUGGAAGAUUGAUUACAGUUAAAACUAUUAAAGGUUAAGAAAUGUGCAUCUCAUCUGUGGGCUGCUCCUGGAUUUUACUUACUUUUUUUUUUUUCCCCCAGCAAAUAUUUAUAAAUGAUGGAGCUUUAAUUUGUUGACUGUAUUCAUAUUCUUUAUAUAUAUAUAUAUCCUACCUGUGUAGAGUUAAGGGCUAUAUUUUGGGUUCCGCGCUCUUUAAUUAGUGUGAAAUAAGUAAACUAAUAGAGGAGCUGAACUGUGACCGAUUUCUGAUUGGAUUAUAUAUUUGAAAUGAAAAUGGAUUAAAUCCCACUUUGACAUGUCCAAAUAAGCAGAUGACUCACCCACAACUUUAUUUAGUUUAUUUAUACGGAUUAUAUGAUGUGACCAAAUUUUGGCCGCUAGCAUUUCUAAAAGAAUUGUCAGGGUUUUGAGAAUUCAUUAUUUUUCUAAGACUGAAUGUAGUUGAGAACAACAUGUAAUGCAAUGCAAAACCACAAAUACUGAUUUUACUUUCCAAAGAAAUUUCUUCCUAUUUGUACUGGUUGUUUGAAUAAUAAAAAAAAUGGAGAGAAAGAGAGGAGAAACGUUUUUAGCCAGUGGUCAGAUGUGUCGAGUGAGGUUUGAUGGAACACAUCAAGUAGACAUUAGGUGGUUAAAAAUAGCUGUUUAGCUUUGUCUGUAAAUAUUGAGUGUACAUUUCUCGUGUCUGCAGAAGACUUUAAAGAUUUGAUUAUAGAGAGUAUAUGGAUAGAUAAAAUUAUAAAAGGGCUGGUGUAUUUUCUUUUUUGCUUAUAAUUUUUUUUGUUUUUGUUUUUUUUUUUUACUUGGUACUGUCACAAUCAGUUCUUAAUUUUUUUAGUUUUUUAUUUUUCCCAGCUGGUUUGUGCUUUUAUUUGUGUAAUCUACCUGUACAGUCUUGGUUCUGCAAUUGAACAUCAAUCCUGGGCAUUUGCUUCAGUCUGCUGAGAACACUUGGAUAAAUAAAAAUGACAGCCAAUGUUUGUUUAUGGUUCGAGAUUACGUCGCUAUACCCUGAAUGCUUUGCUCCCGCAGGCUCAAAAUGUUUCAAUAAUUUUGUUUGUCGCUUAAAGUUUUCUAACUAAUAAAAUAAUUUGAGAAGAAGGGAAUUCAAUGUUGAACACAGCCAACAUCACAUUGUUUGUCUGAUCAAUUGAGGUGCAUCUUUUCAUUUUGCUUUAAUUGUUUUUAAAAGAAAAGAAAAUAUUUUCCAUCCAUGCAAAAUGUAGCUGGUAAAAAAAAAUGUGCAUUACUGUUUAGUAUAAUCUUAUUACUAUAAAGUUGUCAUACUGCUGCUAGGAGCAAAAUUAUUCAUGUGUCCUAUAACUGCACCUUUUUUUCCCCCAAGAAAAAUAAAUGUCUAAAGUGGUAAGGCUGCUUUUUUCUUUGACUGCAGUUUUUGUUUUCUUUUUAAUCCUCCAAACUUUCAACAGGGACACAAGAUGGCCUCUAAAGAUUCAUAUCAGGACUGGAAUCGUGUGAAAUAAUGUUAAAACUUGUUUCCUUAUGGCAAUUACAUUGGGUCCGGCAGUGGAUGAAUGAACUGUGUUUAAAAAAUAAAAAAAUGGGCCUAACCCACAAAAAAUUAUGUUGAUUACAUUUCAUUGUUAUGAUCUUAGUAUGUAUCGUUUGGCUUUGUUUCUUUACUGUGCUUAUAAUUUUCCGCUUUCUUACCUCAUCAAGAGGAUCAUCUGGGUUAUAUGUAUUUUUCUAUUGGCAGAGAUGUAUAAUAUUUGGACAAUUUUUGUAUUUUAUAAUUUAUUUGUAUUUAUUUAGAUUUUUUUUUCUGAAGAUUGUU